AUGCAAAUAGUUUUGCUUUAUUUUUUAAAAAACUUUUCAAAGCAUUAUUUCUAUUUUCACUUUUGAAUAUAAAAUUGUUAAAUUAACUAAAAUAAAUUAACUUUUAGACAUAAGUAGCUAAAAGUGAAAAAGUUUGAAACGUUAAAAAACAAUUCACUGACGCAAGUUAAAAGAUGACAACGAAAUAAGAUUCGACAGUCCGUCAGAGUUAGGAAUUUAUCAAAUUAUAUAUAUCAAUAAUACAAUCGAGCAGAAUGUCUCGAAGUAGUUACUUCGAUAAACUGACAACUGGGGUAACACUGACCAAGUACAUCCUGGUCGAGCAGCAAAGCAACCCAGAGAAGUUUGGGGACCUGUCGAGACUCAUGAACGCCAUCCAGAUUGGCGUGAAAGCACUUUCCAAUCUAGUCAGGAAAAGCGGUUUUUCACAGAUACUGGGCCCCAGGGGAUCGUGGUAUUCCCAAUACUACGAGCAGAAGUUAGAUCAGCUAGCUCACGAGUUGUUAGUGAAUACUUUGGUUUCGUCGUUUUCAACUUGCGUUCUUGUUUCUGGUGAGGAGGAGGACGUCAUCAUUGUCGAAAAAGAUAAACAGAAAUCCACGGGGCCAGCAUCUCGCAGGGAUGUGCUGGAUCAGUCCGGUAGGGAUGUGGUGGCGGCCGGGUACGCCCUGUAUGGCAGUGCCACCGUGUUCGUCAUGUCGGCUGGCAAUGGUGUUCACGAGUUUAUCCUUGAUCCUACGAUAGGCGAAUUCAUACUGACAAGUUAUUCCAUGAGAAUUCCGAGCGCUGGUCGAAUGUACUCCAUAAAUGAGGGUUACUCCAAGUACUGGUACGCUCCGAUACAGCGGUAUGUACGUUCCCUUAAAUACCCCAAGGACGGGAAAGACCCGUACUCCGGAAGGUACAUCGGGGCGAUGGUGGCUGACGUGCACAGGACCCUCAAGUAUGGCGGGAUCUUUAUGUACCCCGCCACUAAAGAUUGCCCCAGAGGGAAGUUGCGCCUAAUGUACGAGUGCAUCCCGAUGGCAUUCCUGGUGGAGCAGGCAGGGGGGCUGGCCGUGACCAACCCCGCAGGGUCCCUCGUCAACGUGCUGGAGGUCAACGCAGGGUCAUCGGUCCACCAGCGCAUCCCCGUCUUCAUGGGCUCCAGAGGGAACGUCGAAGAGAUGAUUGCGUGCUUCCAGUGUGUCAUGAACGGAGAUUGCGAUGAUGAUGAUGGUGGUGGUGGUGGGAGUGAUGGUGGUGGUGGGAGUGGGCGUGAUGGUGGUGGUGGGAGUGAUGGUGGUGAUCGUUGGGGAAUAGAUAGGAAGAAAUGA